AUGACAGCUGCUUCGGGGCCAGUCAGAGCUACUGAUGUCCUUGCUUCAGACGAAUCGACAUCGUCUCAUAGUGGAGCUUCUUCAACGAAAACCUUUAUCCAAAGAUCAGCUUCAUCAGAUGCCAUCGUUUUGAUGGACAGCCUGCAGGGUGGAGCCUCUCACACAUUAGGAAAAUCUGUAUUCACUGUUAACCGACUCCCGCCAAAGCCAAAACCUAUGCAAGCGUCAAGUUCAAAUCUCAGGAGACACUUGACUCCAAACCUACCAUUCAGCAUAGCAACUAACUACCACAAGAUGCUGGAGUCCAGUGCAAGUGAACAGAGAUAUCCAUCUUUCAGCAAAUGGCUCCAAGGCAGCACAGAAUAUCUAAAUCAGGAAUUAGAGAAACUGGCUCUAGCAAAUGAGAUGGCAGAGAAAGAGAAACUAUCCUCCAUACCUGACGGCCACAGAGCGCCUAUUGACGAAUUGUUAUUGAUGUUUUGUGAUUCACCCAACAACAGCAACAACAAUGACUUCAUCGAAGGUUCUGAUGGCGUUGCAAGGCAUAAGAAAAUAGCCAUCAAUGACAUCAAUGUCAUCAGUGACAGUAACAACAACAACUUGUCAACAGAUGAUGAAAACAACAACAACACUGAAACUUGUAGUUCAGCUGGUAAGAAAGAAGUUAUGAUUAAAAGUAUUACUAAUGUCAUAAGCGUGUGUCGUGACAUCAACGACAACACUACCCCCAGCAACAACAACAACAUUGAUUUUGCUGUUGCUGACAUUACCACAACCUCUCAGAGACAACAACUUGCUAACAACACACUUGACAACACCAAGCCUCCGUUAAUAAUUGCAAAACUCCCAUUACAACAACAACAACAAUCCCAACACCAACAACAAUCCCAAUCCCAACACCAACAACAAAAUGUACCUAGCAUACCAAGCAACCAAUCGGCUUUUGUCACCCUACCAAGGUCAUUCAAGGUCAAACAACUCGGGGAAGUUACCAUGGCAACCACAUAA